AUAAGCAUCAUGCAGCAGACGGUACUGGCGCUUCUUAUUGUAUCCGCAGCAGUCAUUCCGACAUUCGGUGGGCCGGAGGAAAAUGAAGGUGUCAAAUAUGCUGAUCGCUGUGAAGCGUGUAAAAUCCUGGCCACAGAACUGCAAGCCCGGCUCAGUGAAACGGGACGAUCACACGAUGUUAUCGAACUGGGGUACUCGGUGGACGAUGUGAAGCCCAAAAAACGCACUGAGUACCGGCGUAGCGAACUUCGGUUGCUGGAAACGCUCGAGAACGUUUGUGAGCGAAUUCUGCAGUACAACAUUCACAAGGAACGGAAAGACAGUACGCGGUUUGCGAAGGGAAUGUCACAAACCUUCCAAACGCUGCAUGGGCUGGUGGACAAGGGUGUGAAGGUGGAUCUUGGUAUACCGUACGAACUCUGGGACAAACCAUCCGCCGAGAUAACGCAAAUGAAGACACAAUGUGAAACGCUGAUCGAAGGAUACGAGGAUGUCAUCGAAAAGUGGUAUUUUGAGAAGCAGGAACAAAAACCACUGAUCGAGUACCUUUGUGUGGAUCAUGUGCUGAAAAACAAGAACCAUAAAUGCUUGUACGAGCAGCUGGAGGAUGCGAAAAAGAAGCAAGAGGAGGCGAAUGCCAAAGAGGAGCUGUAA